CUUUCUCUCUUUUUUCAGCGAAGUGAAGCUAUGGCGGCCACGAAUGGGUGGGCGCUCUGCUUUGUCAACCCCAGCUCGAUCGUGAAAGCGCGCAGAAGAUUCUUGGCUCGUGCUGGCGAAGCAGCGGACGUUGACAGGGAGGAGCUCGCGGCAAAGCUCGCAGCUGCUCAAGCCGAAGCACAGAUUUUGAGGAAGGAGCUAGCGAAGAGAAAGGAGGUGGAUCUUGCCAAGCUAAAACCCGCGGUUCCUGAUAAGCGAGUGGAUGGAACUGGCUACCGCGAAACUCUUCUCAGUGUUCCAGGGGAGGGAGAGAAGCCCGAGGAGUGGGGAUUGACAGAAGCCAAAUUGCAAGAAGAAGAGGAAGUGUUUGAAGAAGAUUCUCAAGAGAAAAAAGAAGAAGACGAGGGAAACGAGAAUGCGACCGUUUACAGACGUCUUUUGAUUGGUGUUGGAUUGUCAGUUGUUGCAAUCGGCCUUGCUUUUUUUCAGUUCAAGCCUCCACCGGGACUUAUCAAGCCUCCAAAACCUUUGGUGUUUUAUGUCUUGCGGAUCUUGCAGCUCAAACAACAGCUCAUAGACUUGGAAGCAUCCACUUCAGAUACAAAGACAGUGCUUGCACAAUUAGAGCAAAUCUACAGAUCAGCUGGUGACUGGAAAGAUAACUGUCUAAGUGCUGCUGCUUGGCUUGAUGGAGAUGCUGCAGACAAGGCCUCGUCUCUAGCUUACUCCAUCUAUGAUUAUCUCCAGCAGGCUCAGUACAACAAUUACUUUGAUGCUAUUGGCCAACCUUCCGAGGCUGCCCAGCUUGAGUUUGUGCGAUUCAGUCUGCAGUCCACAAAGGCUGCCCGCGAUCUUAUUCAAGAGUUCCUGUCUUAUGUGCCGACGGAGACACUGAGAGAGGCUCAAAUGAAUCAAAACGCUUUGCUGCAAUAAGUAUAGAGCGGUAAUUCCUUUUUUUUUUUCUUGAGCUUUCCUCUGUUGUGCUGUAGAAAAGAUUACCAGAGUUGAGCGGAAGUGCUGUAAGCAUAUGGGGACAGUCGUUGGUGCCUCGAGUUGGCACGCAUGUUUGAGGAUGCCUCUACAGCAGGAGUCUGUCUCGCUUGAGCUAGCAUUGCCUGUGGGCUAAUUUAUGGUUGUUUACUCCAUAAACCAAACGCUUAAUUGAUGACGUGGCAGA